AUGAAUUUCCAACUUUUCUUCCUUUUAGCUACAAUUUUCGCAUUCUCAAUGGUGGUAGGUUGAAAUUGCCUGCGUAUCUGACUAAACACAUUUAAUACUCAGUCAACCUUUUUUCUUUUCAGCAAUCCCAAAUAGUGCCAAAUCUUAGAAGUGGUGGAAGUGAGGUAGGUCACAUCUAUACUUAAUUCGCUGCGUACGUUUGAUACUCAGCCAAUAUUUUUUCAGCAAUCUAAUCAUAUAGUGCCAAACCUUAGAGCUGGUGGAAGUUUAGUGAGUUGAAUUUUGGCUGCGUACAUUAGAUACUCAGCUAACUGAUAUUUUUACUUACAGUGGACUGGAAAACAAGACAUUUCCUCAAUCAUCAGCUCACUCACAAGCCUUUUGAAACCAAAACAAUAA